AGUCUUCUUUUUCAUCCCCUUGCUUCUGCGUUUCUUUCCACUGCCUUCCCAACUUUCCCCAGUUGCAGAAAAAGAGAGGCCAUUAAGUGCAAAAAACAAGGAAGCGCCCGUAACCGCACCACCUCCUUCUGAGGGCAUGACGCUGUCGCGUUGAAGGCCCAGUCACCGCCCCAUCUCCGUUGGAUGGAGGAAUCGGAGAGACCCAACAGAAGGGAACGCAUCGACUGGGACAAGCUCCUCGACGACGACGACGACGACGACGGCCCUCCGCCGGUCCUGAUCGUGACGCGCUCCUCCUCCGGGCCGGCGCCCGCGAUGGAGUCGGACGACGGGAUCGCGGGCUUGAGCGACCAGCAGCUGGCGGACUCUAUCGCCAGCAAAAUGCGCACUCUCAGAGGCCUCCAGCGGAAUUUGCCCGACGGAGGGGAUAAGCUCCGGUCGACGCUCAAGCGUCUGGAGGAGGAGCAAGAGCGGAGGAAGCUCCGUCGUAUCGAGAAGGCUGCUGAGGAAAGUGAGGAGCCUGCAAAGUCCACUAGCGCAAUUGCUCACGGUGCAUCUGAUGGCUUAAGAGAAGCGACAACACAAUUGACAGCCCCACUGCAGUCCUCGUUUACAAGGCUUUUUUCUGAAAAAUUGGAGGACAAAACUCCUUGUAGAGCUUCCAACUUGCGUAAGAAUGAACCACCUAGCAUGACUUGCUCAGAUCCACUAAUAAAGAAAUGCAUUGGAAAGAUCUUGCCAAGAAAAAGGAAAAGAGCUUAUCCAUCUUCCAGAGAACAGCCAUUUCAGGGACCAAGAAAUCUUUCAGUGGAACGAGCUGAUCAUUUACCUAACGGUGAUCGGAAGACUAGAUCAUCAUCCAUUUAUACCUUACGUGAUCUUGACGGGGUGUUUUCUGGUCGAUUUUCCAGAAGGGAAAAUGAUUUCCAUGGUCAACUUGUUAAAGAUUUCAAGACUAAAAAGGAGCCAACAGUUGUUCUUGUUGACGAGGAAGAAUGUCAACUAGUGGAGAGAACUGAAGGAGUUGACAGAGUGAAUGAAUGUAUGAAAGACGCUAAAAUCUACUACCCAAGGGAUGAUGAUCCACAAUCCGUUGAAAUUUGUUAUGCAGACAUAGAAUGCCUUGCUCCUGAGCAUUAUUUGACGUCACUUAUCAUGAACUUUUACAUUCUAUACCUACAACAGCAAGCUUUGAAGUCAGAUAAAGGAAUACAUGAUUAUCAUUUCUUUAAUACUUAUUUCUAUAAGAAGCUCCAAGAGGCAUUAUCAUCCGAGGGAAAGGAGAAAGAUGCCCUUUUUGCUAAGUUCAGAAGGUGGUGGAAGGGUGUGAACAUAUUCCAGAAGGCUUAUGUCUUUAUACCAAUACAUGAGGACCUUCAUUGGAGUUUGGCAAUCAUCUGCAUUCCUGACAAGGCUUGUCACUCUGGCCCUAUUAUACUUCAUCUUGAUUCACUCCGGCUUCAUCGUAGUAGAUCAAUUUUCGGUUACAUCAGAAGAUUUUUGGUUGAAGAAUGGAGUUAUCUGAGGCAACAAGCUGCUCCUUCAGAUCUUCUAAUUGAAGAAGAGAUUUGGGAGGUGCUCCCAGAUAAAAUUGGUGACAAGAUACUUGCCGUUCCUCAACAAAAAAAUGACUAUGAUUGUGGUCUCUUCGUUCUUCACUUCAUGGAACGCUUCACUGAAGAAGCUCCUGAUAGGCUGAAAAAGAAGGAUUUAGCUAUGUUUGGGAAGCAGUGGUUCAAACCUGAAGAAGCUUCUGGCUUGAGAUUGAAAAUCAAGAAUUUGCUUGUGAAAGAGUUUCAGGAUUCAACUAAGGGUCAACUUGCUUCAAGUUCUUCAUACUCGGAUGAAGAAACCCUAUCAGAGUGCGUGGACAUCAAAGAUCCUUGAUCGUGUCUGGUUCAAGCUUGACUGCAGGGUUUCCAUUUGAAUGGGGCAACUGACAGAGCCGAUCCAAAUGCUUCGGUCCUAGUUUCCUUCGUUUACUUAUCGAACUAACAUCUUCUGCUGUACAGGAUAUCUGGAAUCAGUUUUGUAUAGCCUGGAAUUGUGCAAAAUACCAAAUUUCAGAGAAUAGGUGACACCAGUCUGUCUGGGACCGGUUAUCAAGUGUUCCUUGGUUGAUCCAUUUUUUUUUUUACCAUAUUGUUCGAGCUAUUGUACAGGAGGAUAUCACGAUGAUCUGAAUUUUCACACAUAGAUGGUGCUGAAGAGAUUCUGUCCCUUAUCAUUUUAGAUGCAAGGAAUAACACCAAGCAAAUUUUAUGGGCAUGGAAGCUUUGGGCAGUUGAGAGGCAUGCUCGACUUGUAUAGAAAAACUUGGAAAGUUUAUCGC